AUGCAGCUGCAAUACGAUUCCGAUGGAACGCCAUUUGUUAUGUGGGGAGACAAUCAUAUACAGCUGGAGAGAACGGCCGUAAUUGAAAAAAAUUAUAUGGAAAAAGCUGAGAAGGAGCUACGGGAAACACCGGAGAUAGUUGAAAAGGCGUUGGCCGAUUUAAGAGAGCUACUGAAAAAAGAGACGUCGCUGUUCGUGCCCAUCAACGAUGACAACUAUUUAAUGAAGUUCCUCAGACCGUCAAAGUUUUAUCCUGAAAGUGCUUUUAAAAGGAUACAAGCGUAUUACGACUUUAGACGGUCUCAUGAGAAAUACUGUUGUAACCUGCUUCCCACUGGAGUACGUUCUGCAUUUGAUCAUUCAAUAAUUUCAAUAUUGGCACCUAGAGACCAGCAUGGACGACGUAUAAUGCUAAUAGAUUCUGGAGAACGUUGGCAGCAUCGCCUGGUGCCACUGACGGAAGUAUUCCGAGGAGUUCAGUUAGCGUUGGAAGCGGCGAUGUCAGAGCCGCUGACGCAAAUCAACGGGGUUAUUGUGAUGCUGGAUAUGAAGGGGUUGUCAUUUUCUCAGGUCAUGCAGUUUACACCAUCAUUCGCUAAGAUGGUCGUUGAUUGGAUUCAGGACUGCAUACCAAUAAGGCUAAAGGCUGUUCACAUUAUAAAUCAGCCUUACAUCUUCAAUAUGCUGUUUGCGAUUUUCAAACCCUUUUUACGUGAAAAGCUGCGCUCUCGCAUCUAUUUUCACGGUUCGGAUAUGCAAGCGCUACUGUCACACGUUGACGCUAAAACGUUGAGGAAACGACAUGGCGGGCAGCUUCCGGAACCGGAGAUUACUGGCGAAGUUCUAUGGAAAAUGCUACAUCAUUACGAAGAAGAUUUCAAAGUGGCAAAUUCAUAUGGAUACGUCUCCAACAAUAAUAAGCAAUAA